UGAAAAUACUGCGAAAACCAUGAAUUUGGGACAAAAUAUGCAGUGAUUUGACCAAUGCUUGAAUCAUAGAUGCGAAAGGUGAUCUAACGCCGCCAGUCUCCAGCAGGUGUCCAACAUGGCGAGCACGGCAAGCGGAUCUCUCGCUCUCUCACUGGCUUUUGUCGUGAUUUCAAUGGGCUUCUUCCUCAAAGGAGCUGCUGAAAUCAUCACAGUGGAAGGUCAGAACCUGGCGACGGACAAUGUUUCGGUGGUGGAGGGCGAGAUGGCCACCAUCAGCUGCAGAGUGAAGAAUAACGACGACUCGGUCAUCCAACUGCUCAACCCCAACAGACAGACCAUCUACUUCAAGGAUGUCAGACCCCUGAAGGACAGCCGGUUCCAGCUGGUGAAUUUCUCCGACAACGAACUGCGGGUGUCCCUGUCCAAUGUGUCGCUCUCGGACGAAGGACGCUACGUGUGCCAGCUCUAUACCGAUCCGCCUCAGGAGGCCUACGCCGACAUCACCGUCCUGGUGCCCCCGGGCAGCCCGAUCAUCGAGAGCCGCGAGGACGUGGUCAGCGAGGGCAACGAGACGGAGCUCACCUGCACGGCCAGCGGCAGCAAGCCAGCGGCCUCCAUCAGAUGGAUGAAAGGAGAUGAGGAAAUGACAGGAGAAACAACGGUGGAAGAGACGUACGACCGAAUGUUUACCGUCAUCAGUCGCGUGCGGUUCCUCGUCAGCAAAGAGGACGACGGCAUGCCGGUGGAUUGCGUCGUCGAGCACCCGGCCGCCAACGACCUGCUCGCUCAGAGGAACCUGGAAGUGCUAUAUAAACCCGAAGUGAAGAUUGUGGUGACGUAUCCCCAAGGAUUAACUCGAGAGGGCGACAAUCUCGAUCUGACGUGCGUUGCGGGAGGAAAACCACACCCUCAUCAGAUCAACUGGCUGAGGGUGGAGGAGGACUUGCCGCCUCACGCCGUGGUCACCGGCUCGGACCUCUUCAUCGAGAACCUCAACAAAUCCUUCAACGGCACGUAUCGCUGCGUCGCCUCUAACACGGUGGGCGAGGCCUACGACGACUACGUCCUCUACGUGUACGAUGCUCCCACUACUAUCCCCACACCCACCACCAAUCCAGUCAACACGCAAGACUCCCGAGCGGGUGAAGGCACGCCACCCAAACUUGACCACGCCGUCAUCGGCGGCGUGGUUGCCGUGGUGAUGUUCGCCAUCCUCUGCGCGCUCAUUGUUCUCGGUCGAUACUUUGCCAGGCACAAAGGCACUUACUUCACGCACGAAGCCAAAGGGGCGGACGACGCCGCCGACGCCGACACGGCCAUCAUCAACGCCGAGGGAGGACACAACAACACGGACGAGAAGAAGGAGUAUUACAUCUAAAGUUUGGAAGGAAGGCAGGUGGUGCUAUGGCAGCAUAACUUUGAUUAGAUCGUUGUAUGUUGGGGGGGGGGGAUUAGGGAGGAAGCGAAAUUCGGACUGGCGUGGCCUCAUCUUGAGAAGAGGCCGAGUGUCCCGUCUCGAAACCUUCCUGGACUGCUGGGGCCCGAAACUUCUGUACACUCUCUUUCUUUUACAGACUAUUUUGUGCCUUGUUCUAUUUUGGUUUGUUUUCUUCCCCGCCGUCCCUCCCACUCACGUGCUUGUUGGUUUGGAUGUUUGCUUGCAAUAUGAAAGUGGCCCGUUUGUGUGUGUGAGUGCGUGUUAGUCAGUGCCACCGAGCACAAAGAAGGUCAUCGCCCCUUUUUAUUCUGCAGUCAUCUUAAAGGAGACAUAUUAAGUUUUUUGUUUUCUUUAAACCACUCACUUUAAAACAGUUCGCUGAUCAUAUCUGUUGCUUGUUUUGAUCGGAAACCGAUCACUUUGGGCAGGUCUCCAAGCACUGUGACAUCACAGUCCAACCAAAACAGCUUCCUUCCAGACGUAUUUUGGACAAGCAUUCCAGAGACCCGACUAUUUGUAAGUCAUUUUUUUGGUAAUAUGUCCCCUUUAAGAGUUCAGCGAUUAUUGAGAUUCCAUCUCCCAAUCACUAACAUGUACAUUUGAUGCCGUUGGUUUACACGUGAAUGUCAGACAAAAGAAAGAAAAGGGAAAAAAAGAAAAAAAAGUUGAACUAAAUAGCCACUUUAUUAGGGACACUUGAUCAAAGCUGGAUGAAGGUUGACAUGGGCCCUCAAAACGCCAAAUACAAAAUAUGGGGAGUUUUGAAGUCUGAAUCCAGAUUGUUGUUGAUAUGAGAUUAUUUGAAGUACGCAAGACAAUUUAAAAAAGUGGUACGUUAUAUGUCAUCAUUUUAUGAGAAUAAGUCAAAUUAUUGGGGCAGUAAAGUCAAAAUGGUGACAGACGAAAACACAACUUUAUCACAGGAAUAAAAAUUUCACAAAGGCAAGUGUCGCAUUUGAUAAAAAAUCCAAUCAAUUAUGACCAUGUAAGUCCUCAUAUUAUGACAGUAUAAGUCAAAUUAUUAUUGCAGUGAAUUGACAAAAUGAGAAAUUGGUUACUGCUGAAUUAAGUCAAAUUAUCAAGGCAAUAAAUUGGAUUUUUUGGGGCAUAAAAGUGGUUUAUUAUUUUACAAUUAAAUAUGUAAAACUUUGUACUUGUAUAAGGAGAAAAAUCAGUUAUAUGAAUAAAAAGAUCAUUUUUACAAGAAAGGGACAUCAAAUUUUAGUUAUUAAUUACCGAAGUAGGUCAAGAGGGUGUACGUUAUGCGCUGUGGACAUCUAACCAGACGUUUUUAACAAAUGUGUGUAUAUAGUACUGUUUUAGCCAUUUUUAUUAGCAGGUUCUCCAGAGAUGUAGUGCGUUUGUCAGUGUGGGAAUUUAGAUGUUCACUGGCUAAAUUAUGACUCUAUUCUUGUAAUUUUACAACUUCACUUUCAAAACUGAAGGCGGGCCGCCGUUUUGAAGGCACCGUGUGCCUGAUAAAGUGGCUUUUUCAAUUAAAACUUGCCGGUCUGUGUGUCAGUAUAGAUGUCAUGACAGCAGUUUAUCUUUAGAGGUUAGCAUUGGUGUAAAGUUCGUCACAUGAUAGCGGAUCAAAUGUUCAUUAUUGAGUAGCUGUCAGUUGAGUUGAAUGUUUUGGGCAUGGGCAUUCAUGCUAACAAAAGAGGAACAUUUUAAUCUUAUAAGCUUAUUUUUAUUUCUUCUUUCCUUGGAUAUUUUUCAGGCAAUGGUCACAAAAUGUAAUACUUUGAAUAAUAUUGAUCUGCCUGCUAAAAACAGACGGUCCGAAAUAAUGGACUUGGCUCACUUAAUUAGCUUUAUUUAGCAUAAAGAAAAAUUAACAAUUUUGAACCCUGUUUAAGCUAAACGUAGCUAGCCCCAUGUGUGUAUUGUGUGUUUUCUUUAAGAGCCUUCACCUUUAAUCAUUAUUAUUUAUAUUAUUUUAUUUACACAAAAGAUUGAUGGACAAAAAGAAAUAUUGUUUUGAAGAGUUUCUUGUCUAGUGUUGGCAUAAAGAAUAGCUAGCAUUAAGAUUUGCUAGGAUGUUUAGCUAAAAUAUUUGAACAAUUAGUGUAAAACUAACUCAUUCCAGAGCUGAGGAUUAAAUACUUGAUUAAUUAAUUAUUAUUGUGUUCUUUAUGUUUACAUAUGAGAUAGAAAGAUGCCCAUUUUAAAGCUGCUUCCUGCUUUGUGCUGAACUUAGCUUGCGAGACAGCUUCCAAUGGGAUACAAAGCUAUAAUUUGGUUUUAUAUAAAUAUCAAAAGUGCAAAACUCAAAUAAUGUUAUUGAGUAUUUUAUUUAGAUUUUGCCCUAUAUGGACAAAAAGUUGAACUUGCUUAGCUUUGUUUAGCAUCAAAACAGGAGAAACAGAAACGUACCGCAUGAGGCUAAACGCUAACGUAAUGCUAAAGUUCAGCUCAAGCGACAACAUUUUCACAGUUUACUGGACUUUUACCUGCGUUUUAUUCUUUAUUUGUACAUAUUUGAUAAAAGUGACUAUUUUAAUCCACUUCCUGUUUUAUCAACCUCCCAGCAAGCUUCUACUGGGAUAGAAGCAGUGUAAUUUGUUUUGUUUUUCCCCUAGCCAUAUGCUUUCAUUAGAUUCUUAGCUGUUAAUAAAUUAAAUACCUUCCAAUGUAAAAUUAAUGUGCAAAGAGUGUUACAGUAUGUCUAUUUCUUGACUUGCAGUCAUCUAUAAGCAGUAAAAAGACAUCUCUUGAAGUAUCGUUCCCCUUAGGCCACCUUUGAUUGGUCUUGAACGGCCGACUGCUCUAUCAAGUUGUUACUUUUUUUUUUUCCCCCCUGACUUGUCGCCCAACAGCCUCAAAACUUCACUCAAAAGCCUUUGUUUUCUUCCCUAGCAACAGAAACCCAAAACACAGUCCCAGAUAGUUGCUAUUCAAAAACAUCCAGUUUAUCGGAUAACCACCGCCUUAAAGUCACCUCCCGAUCAAUCACGCGUAAAUAAAAGAGCGAAGGACUUGAUGUAGUGCCUUGUUUGACGUGGAGGCAUACAGGUGGUCGGAUACUUUAAAGCACGGGUGGGUAACCUAGCCCGCACUAUUUGUAUCACACCUCCAGUUUUUUUUUUUUUUUUAAUAUUUUUAAAAAGUGUUCAUGUAAUUUAAUUAUGUAUGUUGGCUUCAGCCCUAUUUUCUUUUUCUCUUGUAGCCACUUAAUGAGACAAACCUGUACAAUCGAGAACCUGCUGUAAAAAGAUUUGGCUCACAAAUGCUCAAAAUUGUUCAAUCAAUUUUGUUUUUUUUGCUUCGACUAUUCUCAGAAAAUGACUAAUUUCAUUUUGUAAAAUGAUAAUACGAUUACAAUUUUGGUCUCAUAAAACACUUAUUUUAUGAUAUCACUAUUUGAUUUUCAUAUUUGCAACUUCUGUGUCAUUUGACUUUUUCUCCUGCUCAAAAAUAUUGUUAUUCUCAUGAAAUUCCGAUUUAAUCCUCAUGAAUUAUUUCUAAAUUAAAUGAGAAUUUAAAGAGGGGCCCUGAUAGGACAAUGGUUCCCCACCUCUGCGUUAAAGUGUUAUCUUGUACAUUUGUGUCCUCUUUUUAACUGGUUCGACGCGAUGUUGGUCCACGUUGUCGCUUACUGCUGCGCCGUUUUGGACCCUGGCGUUCAUGUUGUACAAAAGCUCGGAUGCUCGGUCCCAGAUGUUGUAUUUACUAUGUAUUAUUAAAUUUGGUGAUUCCAAAUGUUCAUUGAAGCAGCAUUUCUUAUUUAUGGGGAUGACUUCUGCGGAUGAGGUUAAAACAAGCAGCUAGCAGCCAAUCGGAAGGAACGAGUACAUAUAAAAGUGAAACCACCUAUGUUUAAAAUGGCUGUUUUUUUAGGAUUUUGUAAAUAAUAAUAAUAAGAGACCAUGAAAAAACAUUUCAAAACUGAAAUUGAAAUCAAUAUUUUUGACAAAACUCAUCUUAAUGUAGGCAUUUACCCAUUUUAAUAUUGAAUCAUUAUUCACAGAUUGUUUUUUCAAAAUAACCCUAAUUGUCAUAACAUUAUAUUGAAUGACAAAUGAAUUUUAAAAUAUUUUAAAAAUUAUUAUAUAUAAAAAUACCCCCAUUGCGCUAAUUCUAUUUGAUUUUUGAUGUUUCUCCUUAUGAUGAUUAGUAUGUUUGUGUUCACUCUCUCAGGUUCAUGAGUGUUAAUAGUUGUGUUUUUGCAUCUCAGGUAGAAUGCAAAUGUAUUGUAAAAAAA